GUGGUCCGGGUAAGGCUUGUUACGCGCGCUUUGCUCAUGCAAAGACUCUCUUGCUUGCAAUGCGACCUUUAAUUCUUCAUGUAUCUGCUCUCAACGAUCUAGAAUACAACCUAUUUACUUCAUCUCUCAAUGAUCUUGCAGUCUCGCCUGACACUGUCCACGACGAUGCCCACUUUGAAGUCAUGUCCGUUGGCGUCCGCGAAGUCAGAGCAUGGCUACGAGGCAGAUAUCCCAAUUUACCAACUGCAGAUAUCGACAAGAUCUUGAAACUGUUCUACCCAAACUUGCUCCACACAGAUUGUCUCACCGGUGGCCAGUUUUUUGCUGCACUCAGGCUUGUCCUUCACGCUGUGUCAGGUAAACGCGUUGACAGAGCUCUUGCGUUUGUCCAAGCCCACCCUACCCCAGAACUUUUUGAACGCUCGAGAUCAACUUCUCCCUCAAAGCGUCAAGUGCACGCUCCGCCUGUUCAUCCAGACAGACCCAAACAAAAUGCUACAUCCUCAAACUCUUCCUCUCCAGACACAAAUCCCUUUCGCAAAUCACUCGAGUCCGAUACGCAGCAGUCAUUAUCAUCUGUUCCAGAUCAAUCUGACACCCCUCUUGUCAUACCCUCCCGUAUGUCACAGAAGAUCAGCCAUAAUCCGUUCUUGAUGCGCGACAAAGCAAAUUGGACAGACGCUGCUCAGAAAUCGCCCGAGCACAAUGAUGCCAACAUCCCACCGCUUCCUCCUCGAAAACCAGCACCCUUGGUUGCCCAAGCACGGCGCACAUCGUUAGCCCAGUCCCGAAAUGCACCUGUUCUGGCUCCAUUUGAUACUCCUCGCAGUAUUAAGCCAAGUCAUAUCACGACUCCCCUGAUGAAGCAGUCACUGGAGGCUAGCAAGCACGGUCAGAACUUGAAGCGUGUUGAAGAACAGCUGGAUCGUGCGCGUGUUCUACAGGUGCUCAAGACGACGUCAUCCGGUUCCUCCGCGAGCAGCAGGCCGCGCAGCCUAAGUCCCACAAAGCAAUUCCGCAAAGGACUCGACAGUCGUUCGUCUGGAUCUGAAGACACAUGCCCUGCACCUCCGCUCCCUCGUCGACGAACACCCAGCUCUCCAUCAUCAACCUCGAGUUCCCUGCCAUCCAUCGACCAAGUGGCGAGUGCUAGCUUAAACACCCAAUCCUCAUAUACGCCCACCCCUUUCCGCCCACCACUUCCCACCAGAGAACCAACCCUUCCCGAAAACUCCUUAAUUAUGACACCAGAUGUCUCAUCCCAUCUACCUGCACCACCAACCCACCCGGAUCGCAGACCUACAAACGAUACAGCAGAGUCCAUUACGUCUUCCUCUACGCGUCCCACGCGGUCCAAGUCACUGCGCCACACUGCAACACCCCCAGUUCCCCCUCGCCGCAAGCGUCCCGAGAGCAUCCAGAUCACCGCAGCGUCAAUUACAACGGAACUCCCCUCAUCCACAUCCGCAUUUCCCUCACACACACGAACAUCCUCAUUCCAAGGCCUCUCUCGCCACAUCUCCUUCACGAGAGAUCGUGACGCCACUGACGCCUCACCAAUGUCCCACAUCCAGAAAACUAUCUCAAAUCUUCAACUCAAAGCCCAACCCAAACUGGAUGCGGCGCGGUACAAAGCUGAGGCAGGUCUCAGUCGGCGGGGGUUCGUUCACCAUUCGCAUGCGCCAGCGAGGUGGAUGGAGGAGGGCGAGCAGGGGCUGAUGACGGAUACCCAUCGCGAGGACGACGAUGGUGCUCAUGUUGAUCGUGAUCCAAAUACAGAGUCUCCUACCGACGAUGAGCCAAGCUCAGGGGAAGACCUAGCGCGGAUGAAGAACUCUGGCGUACAUCGUGACUUUCUGAAGGAAAAAGACAACCUCAAAUGGCCAGCAGGCGAGGGAUGGAGACCGCUAUAGUCAAAUACCUACGAUAUGGUAGAUCCGGCAAGCAAGGGGGUAAUCGUGUACUAAUUACACUUGUCGUAUGAUGUAUCUAUAUCGUCAACUGUCGUAUCUUCAUCAGGUUUCGCCAAGGUUUCGCAUGUGAUCUGUUAUUACAAAUGUUACUGUCACUUCGCGCUCAGAACAAAUCCGCCCGCUUUAGGUGUUCGCGCAAGAUCCCAUCCCGCAC